ACAUAAUCGGACACUCUUUAAGUGUAAAAUGUGGGUGAGAAAGAGUCAUGCCACUAUCAAUAGAUAAGAUGAGUAACUAAACAGUGUUCCACAAAGGUCACGAACAAGACCUUUUGAUUGCAACAGUAUUGCCCAUCAUUGACGUCACAGCACUGCACAGGCCACUAAAUGCUAUUCGUCAUAAAUCAGGUGUAUUGAUGUCACCACACCUGACAGAUUAAAAUUCAAGGCGAGAGCAAAAUGAUUGUCACACUCUGUCAUCAUUAAGUCCAAAUAUAUUUUUCUGAAACUUUUAAGAGUUUAUAUUACUCAAAUGCAAUCAAGGUAUGCAAAAUACUGGCUGUUAAAGGUUUUAAUAAGAGAGCUAUUUAUUUUAUUCAUGGCAGAAAUUGGAGAGGAGUAAGUGUGUUAGAGAAGUGUUUGGCGUGUGUCCACAAGAGGGAGGGCCUUGAACCAUUCUAGCUCAUCUGACUGAGCUCAAACUAAGGAAUGGGAAUCACCAGUCUCUUUAGUGUGUUAGUCAAUUUCCUGUAUGUGGGGAAUGGACACUGAAAUAGUGGUUAUAUUGAGUUCAAGACAAACAACAUUAGGUACAGCUGCACAAUCAAAUUUUCCAAUAUUUUCAAAAUAUACAAACUUUCAGUAGCGACAGCGAAACAGUAGUGCUCGUUUGUAAUGUUAAGAAAAAAAAUUGCAAUGAGGGUAGAAUAACUCUGAGUUCAAAUGUAUACAGUAAAAGGUGUGGAAUCUUUUCCAUUUUACGAGGGAUGGAAUGAAAUGGUAAGUUUACACUGCAGACACUGCAUAGUCAUAUAUUUUAACAGUGUAAUUUUUAACUUGUAAGGCUUUUUUCUUGUAUUGGACCUCAUCAGAUUGUGCAGGUAUACCUAAUGUUGUGGCUGAGUGUACACUGCACUACGUACUGUAUACUGUACAAUGAUCUGACCUGUACUGCGUUAUUUUUCUGCAUACCCAUUUACCCUAUUGUAAUGUAGCUUGCAAGCUUGUAUGCGACUAUUACAUAACCAUACACCCAUGUGAACGUGAACAAUGAGGCAAAAUGCUAGCAUAAAGUAAAAUGUCAACAUUGACUCGACAUGUUUAGACAAAAAGAAGUGCUGCUGAUACCGUCAAUCUUAUUUUAACAAUUACCUAAAACGGACCAAUAGAGUCUGUCGCAGCCCAGCCAGAGGCAUGCAGCAUUCAGUGGGCAUGCCUGAGCCCAUCCCCGCCUGUGUGAGGCAUCUGCAUUGUGCACCACAUGCUCACUCACAUGGUGUGCCUGCGGAUGCUGAUGUGAUGCUGCGGCUGUGAUGCUGCUCCCAUCACACCUGUACACGUCCUUCCAUUCACAUCUAGCAGAGGACCAUACAGGCGCAGCAGAGCUGCAAUGUGAAUGAUGGGGAUGAAAAUUCAAGGCUGCCUUUUUAAAAAAAAAAAGAUUUUUUGUCACGGUGAGCCUAAUCUUUGGAUUAGAUUGUGAUGUGAGCGCGGACCGCUGAAAGAGAAUCAACCUGUGCAUUGUGCAUUGCUGCCAGAUGGACUUCGCAAAGCUGCAAACUGAUGUUAUAGUCUAAUAAAAUGGAGGACGGUUUUGAUUGCGACUGUGGCGAGCUUGAGCCACCUGAUCAUUGAGGCUGAGAAAUAACUCCAUUCUAAAGGCCAGGCUCUAAACCAGUUAGUUUUCAGGAUCAGGAUACUCCAUAGGACAAUUAUACAUCAAGUGUAAUAAAUACAAAAGUUAAGAAAAAAAGAGUGCAAAUCGGCACAUUGCUCAUGAAGCUGCUCAGGGCCAGUUAUACACUGAAUGUAUGUGCACUGUAAGGAUGCAACUACAUGCUUUUAGAGCCUAACAUUUGUCAGUGCAUUUUGAAUUGGCUUCAUCGGUCAUUCCAUUCAUUCCUACAAGCUGCUCUGUUAAUAUCCAUCCCCAAGAGUGGAGUUGGAAUUUGAAAUUGGUCGUCAUUCAAGAUGAAAUGCAAGUUUAAUUACGCUAUAGUGUCCUGUAUCUGACAGUGACGACUGCACAGGGGAGGAGGUGGAGUACAGAGACCUGGUGGUAGGGGGGUUUGCACAGGCUCUGAAGCAAUUUGAAGGGGUCUUCUGCUAGUAUUAACAGAUUUGAGAAGACCAAGUGGAGUUUGGCUUAAGAGCCCUAAUAGUUAUCAUGGCAGAGAAGUUUGAGUCCCUAAUGAACAUCCAUGGCUUUGACCUGGGCUCUCGAUACAUGGACUUGAAGCCCCUUGGAUAUGGAGGAAAUGGCCUGGUAUUUUCAGCAGUUGACACCGACUGUGACAAGCGAGUGGCUGUGAAGAAGAUUAUCUUGACUGAUCCCCAGAGUGUCAAGCACGCCCUGCGAGAAAUUAAGAUUAUAAGACGACUGGACCAUGACAACAUAGUGAAGGUUUUUGAAACUUUAGGCCCCAGUGGUCGCAGGCUAACUGAGGAUGUGGUAUCCCUGACGGAGGUCAACUCGGUCUACAUAGUGCAGGAGUACAUGGAGACUGACCUGUGUCAGGUGCUGGAGCGAGGCCUUCUGUCAGAGGGCCACGCCAGGCUCUUCAUGUACCAACUCCUCAGGGGACUCAAGUACAUCCACUCUGCCAAUGUGCUCCACCGUGACCUCAAGCCUGCCAACCUGUUUGUCAACACAGAGGACCUGGUGCUGAAGAUUGGGGACUUUGGUCUGGCCCGCAUCAUGGACCCCCACUACUCCCACAAGGGUCACCUGUCUGAAGGUCUGGUCACCAAGUGGUACAGGUCGCCCCGCCUGCUGCUCUCUCCAAAUAACUACACUAAAGCCAUCGACAUGUGGGCCGCUGGGUGCAUCUUUGCAGAAAUGCUUACUGGGAAAACGCUCUUUGCGGGGGCUCACGAACUGGAGCAGAUGCAGCUUAUCCUGGAAUCCAUCCCUGUACUGCGAGAGGAAGACCGCCAGGAGCUCCACAGCGUGAUACCCGUCUUCAUCCGUACCGACAUGUCAAAACCUCAGACACCACUGGUCAAGUUGCUGCCUGAUGUCAGUCCUCAAGCCCUGGAUUUCUUAGAGAAGAUCCUGACCUUUAACCCCAUGGAUCGUUUAACUGCGGAAGAAGCUCUUGCCCACCCUUAUAUGGCUGACUACUCCUUCCCCUUGGAUGAGCCUAUCUCUCUGCACCCUUUUCACAUUGAAGAUGAAGUUGAUGAUAUCCUGCUCAUGGACCAGAGCCACAGCCACACUUGGGACAGCAGGUGUCACGAGAGCCAGUUGUCAGAGGCUGACUGGCACUUGCACAGCAUCCAUGACCCAGAUGAAGUCCAAGUGGACCCGAGGGCCCUUUCUGACGUAACCGAUGAGGAGGUGGUUCAGGUGGACCCUCGGAAAUAUGCAGACGGAGAUCGGGAAAAGCUCCUGGAUGAGCCGUCCUUUGACUACUCCACUCUGUUCCCAUCAGAGAGGUCAUGGCAGGAUGACCAUCAUGAAAACAAAUACUGCGACCUUCAGUGUAGCCACACGUGUAACUAUAAGGCUGUGUCCCCUUCCUACCUGGACAACCUCAUCUGGAGGGACAGUGAAGUCAACCACUACUAUGAGCCCAAGCUCAUCAUUGACCUCUCCAACUGGAAGGAGCAGCAGAGCAAGGACAAAGCAGACCGCAAGGCCAAGACCAAGUGUGAGAAGAACGGGCUGGUGAAGGCUCAGAUUGCGAUGCAGGAGGCAGAAAAGACCCAGAGUCUGACGGAAAAAGACAGCGAGCAAGAGAAACAUCAGACGCAGCCGCAGAGUCAACAAGGCUUUGACUUUGACUCCUUCAUCGCCAGUACCAUCAAACUGAGCCUGCAGCCCGAGCCCUGUCAAGAGGUGGCGCUCAAUGACGUGGGUCUUCUCAACGAGCUCAACUCUUCAGUCUCUCAGCUGGAGGCGCCUAGAACAGGCUCCAUGUCCAAGUCCAUAAGUCAGGAGAAGGAGGAGAAGUGCCUGGUGAACCUGGCCCAGUUGGGCGGAGGAGGCUUGGCAGUUGUCAGCAGUGACGAUCCUUGGCCUGCUCACCCUUGGGAGAGCUUUGGCUCCGGUGAACGAGUCGCAGAGAACGGCUGUUUAAUAGAUGAAGCCUGCUGGGACAGUCACAAAGACAACCACUUCCAGAAGGAGAGCACUUACACCAGCUACCUGGACCACCUGUUCAGCCGCAAGGAGGAGGUAGUUGGUGAGUCCGUGGCCACCUUGGAGACGGUGUCGCUGGAGACCAGGGAAAGCGAGCUGGGUGAGAGCUUCCUCAGCAGGAGCACAGAGAUCGUGCUGAAUAUGCAGCUGGACACUCUGGCCUUGCCCGGCUUUGACAGCACUGACGAGCUGCCUCUAAAAUCCAUCCAGGCGUCCCUCACCCCCCUGUGCUGUCAAAUGUUCUCCACAGAUCGCCCACAAAAUCUACAGCAGCAUCUUCAAGCAUCUUAACUAGAAACAUCCUCCCUCACAGUGCAAGACCUUGACCGUUUUGUUUGUCCUUUUUUUGUUAUAUAUAUGAUAUGAUAUAUUCUACUUGAAAUCAUUUCAUACAUUUUUUUAUAUUCUUUUAAAAGUACAUUUUAAGAGUUGAUGGGUGAUUUUCUUCUACUUAAGGAGUUUUGGUCACUCUGAGCCUUGAUGCCCAGGCCUUCAUGGAUUCAUGUCUACGCCCUCAUUGCUAAACUGGCCUGUCACUCGCACACUUACGUACUGUAGACAAACAGAAAAUAGGCGGGGCGAAAGAUGGGUUUAGGAGAUUUAUGAUUUGGCUGUUAAGGUGUGACAAAGAAGGAAUGGUUAACAAUAGCAUUGCUGUAUGCUUUUAAAAGUGCUUUGUUAAGGCCAUUACGGAGAUGUAGGAAUAAGGAUGUUUUUUUUGUUGUUUAAUUUUGAUAUGACGUAAACGAAAGCUUCCUUUUUACAGCCCUUUCAUACUGUAAAUGUGACACAUGAUGCCAGCAGCAACCAUUACCGUAGGCGUUAAUGUAAUGUGUUAUCUACCUCAAGGUAACAGCCGCGAGAGACACUCGAAGCCGCACUAGUGCUUUACACACAUGACCAUCCUCAUACCAUGAAAUGAAGUGGUCGCGUAGAUGAAAUCUCACUUGAGCAUUUAACAUAGUGAGGUGUUUUCAGUAAUCAUUAUUUAUUUCUAGCAGAUGUGCGAUAUUUAUUUUAUCAAAAUUUGUGUUCUUCCAAUGUGAUUAUUGAAGAGUGAGGAGUUAGGCUGACCAUUUUCAUUGAAGCACUAUUUGGGUGUCCAUGUGUUCCUUUCUUGUUUAAUGGUAGAAAGCACAUUCAUCUGUUGUGUUCAAAACUAAGUUGAGGCUUUCUAUUUUCCAUCAAUGUUGUCAUAAUGGAUUUUUUUUUUUUUAUUUAUAGGUGCAUUCUGUUGCUAGUGGAAAAACAAUUAUAGUUAAUAGCAGCACCUAAAAGUCUUAAUUUUUUUUAACUAAAUGUAAUGUAUAAAACAGUGCGUGCAUGGGGGCAAGAGAAAGGUACAUUCAAAGUAAAGUUAAUGGUGAGUAUAAUGUGCGUCAGUUUUUAAAUGUCUUUUUGUUUGUUUCGGUUAAAUUUCUAUUUUUUUUUCCAGGCAAGCAUGAUAAUUUAGGUUAAGGUGUAGCAUGUAGAACACGUGGACUUUUUUUUUGUAAUCAUUGGUUCCCCUGUUCUACAAAAUCUAAAAAUAAAAGUACUGGCGAACAAG